CAACAAAUACAACUCCAGUCAACCUAACUGGCCACAAACUAAUUUUACGAACACAUUCAUAAAAGUAUACCGUGGUACCAAGGGCUGAUCUCAUUAUUAAUUCACUCUACAACUGUAGCCCAUCUUUGAUUGAGUCGGCAUCGUCGCGUUGCCAAGAUGACUUUUUCAGAGAAUGGGUGGCGCAACGCGUCCCAGAAUGAUGCCGGCGCUCCCCUUCGACAGCAUCGACUUCUCGAGGACAUUAAGGAACUCGUGGAGAAACCGUACCCUAACAUCCAACUACACACCUACGACUUCGACAUUUCGGCAGCUUGUCUAGUACUCACGCCUGAGAACUAUAAACCACUUCACAUGACCGUUUAUCUUUCGCGCAAUUAUCCCGUGGAACCACCCCAGGUUAAGAUGGACUCGGAGGUCUGUCACCCAAAUGUGUUCGGCGGCUACAUAUGCGCAACUAUCCUACGUCCGACUGAGGAGUACACACCCGCGUACACGCUCAAGAGCAUAGCAAUUCAGCUUCUAAGUUUCUUCUCCAGCGACUAUGUCGAACAAGAGGGUUUUGGCUACAAAAAGAGUUUCAUUGAUUUAAGAGAUAUCGACAAGAGACUUGUAAACAGUUUCAAGUGUCGGUAUUGUCAUUUUGGGCGAUCAGAUUAUCGACGUCCUGGAACUGUAGUUCGCGUAGCGAAGCCAGGAAAUCGCUACGAUGCCCGCGUUGAUGCUGAUCCGAAUGAAUGGCCAACGCUCUCAGGCGAAAGUGCAUCGUCUUCAUCGUCGUCGCCAAAGCUUCGCUCUGAAUCACAAUUGAUUCAACAGAAGGUCGUGACGGCAUGCGAGAUCGAUCGCCUGCCAAACGAGUUACUCCUAAUGGUCAUCGAGAAGUUGGACUUCGAUCAGCUGACGCAGUUCGCUGCUGCUUGGCCGAGGAUCAGUAAGAUCGUCGCAGACUUCGACGUCAUGCGACAGCGCGAGCUCCAAUGCUUCUGUCUCAAGAAAGACUACCGAUCUGUGAAGCUCGGCGUAGGUGUAUCGACCUACCGUGGUCAGAUUGCCUCAGAAUUCGACCUCCUAUCGCAAGAUGCUUACAAGCAUUGGAAUAUUCGACGCUCGGUCAAUAACCUCAACUUCCAACAGUGGCUUCCUUUGCCGAUCUCCCACCAGCAUUGGCGACGAGUGAAAGGAGAUGUUGGCGACGUCCUGAAUGCAAUUAAGCUUCAGAUGAAGAAUGUCGGCCCCUUUGGCGCAGCCCAAGUGCUCUUCACGUUCAUGAAUGACGUGGUGGUUCGACUCAACCAGGAAACCGAGCCCAAGUUGAACGAUAAGAAUAAUUCUCACAAGAGUAAUCUUCGUCACGCCUCGGAGAAGGCCAUUGAUUCUUACUUCCAUCUAUUCCACCUGUUGGUCUGUCUCGCUAUCGAACAACCUUCAUUGGUUGAGCAUGCGAACUCUCUUCUCCGAAACUUCAUGGGCGGAAAGCAGUCCAAGGCAGACUGUCCCAAUCUAGGACAUCUUCUUAUUGCCUUGUUGAUCUCCGACAUCGAGGUCACCGACGCGCUGAGAAAGGCGAUUAUCAUUGAAGCUAUCACAAGAAAUGUGGUUUGGCUUCUCGACCGAAAGGGAGCCAAGAUGCCAGAGCUCUCGUGCAUCGAACCGGGCCCCGUAUCGGCUUACCGUCUCAACAAGACUUUCGAGGGUUCCCGAACUUCUUAUCGACUUCUGAUGUUCUCGGAACUGUUCCGACGCACGGCACGACCCUCCCACACCAUGCCUCUAACCCAGGUUUGCGAUGAACUCUUCGAGCGCCACGGCGCCCCUCCUCACGGUGCAGCACAGGAAUUGUCCGAGACAGUUCGACGCCUGCAUACCGUUAACGAUUUCCCUGCCUUCCUUAAGGAAAUGGGCCUCCAGAAAAUCCCGGAUGCACCGACUUUCACUAAGGUGCUACGAAAGACAGUAUUCUCCAGCAUGGACAAGGGAUAUUCGACGUGGGGAAUGCCGCCCCGAUAUGCUUUACUGAUGCGAGUGAAGAAGGACCACAUCAUGUGGGAAAAUCGUCGCCUCUGGUUGAGUGGAGAUGAUGCGCGUUGGUUAGACCAGAAUUGGAAUACCAACCCUCUUAGUCAUUGCAGAAGUUUCUUCCCAAAUAGCAACGGACCACGAGGACCUCGUAACGGGGGCGCCUAAUCAUGUGGCCGAGAUAUCGAACUAGAAAAUUGGCAAAGAAUAUCGAAUCCGUGCAACAGAGGCAUGAUUCAGUAGUUAGCCAUGUUCGAUUAUCAGAUUGAAGCCUCGCAUUACGAAAGAUUGACGAAGGCGCGGGAAUGCUGUUGCUUUUUGCUAUGGAGAUGAGUAGAUCAUCACAAA